CAGCCCCGCUGCGUGAUAUGUCAAAUUUGCAGAAAAUCUUCGAGCACUCGGCGCCAUUUUUCUGCUUAUAAACGGUUUUUGUGUUUUGCAAUUUUGGAUUGGGAGUAAUUGUGAUAAAAAAUUAAAGAAUUUGUAUAAAUUUCGCCGUUAGUUGGGAAACAAAAUGUUUGGGGGAACUAAACCCACGUUCGGCACCACUACUGCUGGUACUGGUUUUGGUGGCUUCAGCAGCACGACCACCUCUUCACCAUUCGGCCAAUCUGCGUUUGGAAAGCCGGCCACGUCCGCCUUCGGCGGUGCACCAGCUUUUGGAACACAACAGCAAACACCAUCAUUGUUUGGUGCAAGUACUGCCCAACCACAACCAACGGGCUUAUUUGGCGCCGCAAACACUACUUCGGCCUUCGGGAGCACUACAACGGCACAACCUGCAUUUGGAGGUUUCCAGCAACCAACUCAAGGUGCAUCGAUGUUUGGGACUUCUCAACCCGCAGCCAAUACAAACUCUCUUUUUGGACAGUCAACGACAUCAGCAUUUGGGUCCGCAGUAAAGCCCGGCACAUUAGGUGGCUUUGGUCAGACUGCUGCACAACCAACAUCUUCUUUGUUCGGACAGCCAGCAGCCGCCACUAACACCACUAGCUUUGGUUCCUUUGGACAGACCCAGCCUACUACGAGCAAUGUGUUUGGUACUGGAGCUACCAUGAUGAUGGGAGCCAAUGCAGGCACGUCCAUUGCAAAAUAUCAACCCACAAUUGGCACAGAUACACUCAUGAAAGGUGGUCAACCAAAUAAUGUUAACACCAAACAACAUUGUAUAACAGCAAUGAAAGAAUAUGAGGGCAAAUCACUGGAAGAGUUACGUUUAGAAGAUUAUAUGGCAAACCGGAAAGGACCACAAGCCGGCACCUCUGGCGCCAGUUCGGGAUUCUUUGGCUCAACCACUCAACAAGCAGCCACAGGUACUGGACUAUUCGGUGCAGCUGCCCAACCAACUACUGGACUUUUUGGUCAAUCAGCGGCCGCGACAACGGAAAACAAAGGCCUAUUUGGCGCUGGUGCUUUUGGACAACCUAAUACUUCUGCGUUUGGUGCAACCACGCAACAGAACAGCUUUUUGGCCAAGCCAUUUGGUGCUCCUGCUACUAGUGGCUUUGGUGCAGCGACAACAGACUCGUCAAAUUUAUUUGGCGCUAAACCAGCCUUCGGACAGACGCAACCAAGUUUGUUUGGACAAACCUCAACUGCAACCACAGCACCAGCAUUUGGUCAGGCGGCCCCCGGUUUUGGCGGCUUUGGCGCGGCAGCUCCUGCGCAACAAACAUCGCUCUUCGGAGCGCCAGCUGCCGAUGCCAAUAAACCGGCAUUUGGGCUAGGUACAUCAUCAGCGGGAACCACUGGCUUUGGCGGUUUCGGUAACGCAGCGACAAGUACUGCGGGAACAGGACUAUUCGGUUCGAAACCUGCCACAACUGGCUUCGGUGGGGCUCCUGCUUUUGGUGCAACUUCUACAGCUAAUACCGGUUUUACAAAUUUUUCGCUUGGGAACACCGGUGGAGGGCUCUUUAAUUCAUCGAUUAAGCCGGCCACCUCUGGUUUUACUGGAUUUGGAACACAAACUCCUACCGCACCAGUGAAUUUCAAUCCUGGUACUGCUGCGCCUUCGGUUUUUGGUAGUUCUGCUGCUAAGCCUGGCGGCAUGUUUGGCUCGUCUCUCGGCCAAGGCGCUACAAACACCGCUGGCGGACUUUUUGGUGGCGGUGGGGCAUUUGGUACAGGUGCCACACUUGGUGGAGGUUUCGGUUCGAGUACACUUGGGGGCGGUAAUAUGUCACUUGGUGGCCUUGGUGGCAGCCAACAACAGCAACCAGCACCGAUUCAUCAACAAAUUCUGGCAAGAGUAACCUCACCAUAUGGCGAUAAUCCGAUAUUCAAAGAUUUGAAGAGGACCGACGAAACAGAUGCCACGCGCGCCACAAAUCCUGCGGCACAAAAAGCCAUUAUGGAGUCAACAAUGAGUCAAUUUAAGGUAUCCACCCGAUCCAGUCCAAGCGUUGUUCGCGUGAAACUAAUUACAAGCGCACUUACGAAAAAAUCCCUCUUCGAAGGACUUGAGGAUUUCGACUCGAGUGUGGGGACUUUCAGUUUAAAACCAAAUGCGAAACGUCUAGUAAUAAAACCCAAGCCGGCCAAUACGAUUAUUGGCACUACCACGAAUACCAGUCCUAAUAGGCAACCUGGGCAGCAAGACUCAUCAUUAACAAACGUUGGGCAACGCCAAACAGGUGGUCUAGCACAAUCGCCGGCUCCGUCGACACUACGUAACGAAUCAUUCUCGGGACAAAUACCGCUUGAUCCACCACCGUCACAGGUUGCUAAGUCCAGCGCAAACAUUGCUGCUUCCACCGCGGCUCAAAGUGGGCGAGAGAGCGAUAUUGGCCGGCGUGAAUCUUGGCUGCAUCCCAAUAACGUGGAGAAAAUGCGUCAACAAAAUAUGAAUAAUAGUAUCGAUGGCGCUGUGCCGCUUAACAGUACACUAUCGGAAUUAGUGCCUCGCAAGCCUCUGGAUACGUAUCGCUCAACGGGCGCUGGUGCACCGGACACUCCAACCGGUCGACCUUCUGUCUCCACCGUGCAAGAGAAUACGUUCGAGGAGCAAACUAGUCGCGAAUCAUCUCGCCGCGAAGCAUCUGAUCAUCAUGAUGAAACGUUGUUCUCCAGUCGUUCAUACGGUGGCGAAGAGCGCUCUAUAAUUGAAGAAACAACAGGGGAUUACGAAGAACAUCCCACCGGUAUAACAUUGAGACGAAUCGGUUACUACACAAUUCCUUCAUUGGACGAUCUUAAAUCAUAUCUUGCCGAGGACGGCUCGUGUAUUGUACCCAAUUUCACUGUAGGACGCGAGGGCUAUGGUAAUGUUUACUUCGGAAAAGAGAUGGACGUGGCUGGAUUGAACUUGGAUGAAAUAGUACAUUUUCGUAAUAAGGAAAUUAUCAUCUAUCCCGACGAUGAUAAUAAACCGGCAGUUGGCAGUGGUUUGAACCGUGAAGCGCAAGUAACGUUGGAUCAAGUUUGGCCGCACGACAAAACCAAGCACGAACCUAUUAAGGAUCCUGCACGUUUGGCUGAUAUGGAUUGGGAAGGAAAAUUGCGACGAGUUUGUGACAAAAAUGAUACACGCUUCAUUGAAUAUCGUCCGGAGACGGGAAGUUGGGUAUUCCGCGUAAAGCAUUUCUCUAAAUAUGGCCUCAAUGACAGUGAUGAGGAGGACGAAGCUGUGCCAACUGAUCCGAAAAAAAGCAAAAAUGGCAUGACUGGGGCACUAGGUGCCACAGCAGUGGGGGGUGGCCAGAGCGCAAUGACCAACGCAACUGCGUCGGAUAAAAUAACGAUGACUGCAUUGAAAAAUGCUCAAAAGAUCUCUGAAGAUGCUGCUCGAGCGCUCGAUCCAAAAAUCCUCGCAGGGGGAGCGGCACAUUUUUUACCAAUGGAUGAAUCUGCAGAUUUCAUGCUAAUGGAUAAGACACAAUUUCUACAGGCCAAUGGAAAUGACUACUCCCUAUACGAGCAACAACAAAUUUCACGUGUGACCAGUCCAACUGCCUUUUUAGCUCGAGAGGUUGGCACUGAUUCUCAUAAACUGCAGUUAAUGAAGGCUUCAUUCUUUGGUGACGAUGACUUUGACAAUAAAUCAGUUACCACUGUUGAAGAAUUUGAAAAGAAUAAUUAUUACAAUCGCAAUCAAAGUCGCCGUGCUGGUUCAUUUGCCAAAAGAGUUCAAGACGUGCACACUUCCUCGCAAUCGCUCUGGAAGGAGCCUGGCCACGGUGCUGCUCUUUCGGACGCAUCGAGUCAACUAGAUUUUGUUGUGCAGGCGUCACCUCUGCCGCCCUCAUCUUCUGCUUCAGUUAUGAGCAUAUUGCGAGAAAUUGACACUGAGGCAUCCACUCCGGCACCUGUCGGCGAUGCGGCAGCUGUGGCACAACUCUCCAAAAUACCACAAUUCUCUAUAAAGCCGAAAGUGGCCGGCGUUAAGGUGGUAGCACACCAGGUGCCAAUUACAAAGUCGUUGGCUUUUAAUUUAAAGGGUAGGUGGGCAGCAGAUUUGGGAUUAUAUAAUUUUCGCCGUUUCAAGCCGACUUUUGGGCCGCAGAAUACUGUAAUCGUACCAUCCACACGCAAAAAUGUCGACCAUGAAGUGCAAAAUGAACAUCUCUUCGAUGUAUCGGCUUACAUAUUUAAAGGCCGAGCCGCAAAUGAUUACACCGCCACCAUACUACAACACGUAAAAAUAUCUUCAGUAAUGCAUUAUGAACACUUCAAGGAGAGUAUUGUAACUCACUUGGAACUGCAAUUGCGUAAUUCAUUGCAAGAAGACGUUGAAGGUAGUGAAUGUCCUUGGAUAAAGUCCGACAACGGCACCGAUUUGAUUGUGAAGCAUCUGGAUGAAGCCAUCAAGCAAAUUAAUCUUGGCCCAUUGGAGGAAUAUGCGGUCUCUGUGUGGUCGCUUUGCUUGGCUUUGUGGGGCGAUCAUGAAGAGCUUGAGGGGCGUGAGCCAACGUCACACUUCACAAUAAUGUGCCGCCGAAAUUUACUUUCUGAGUGGAUGGAGAAUACCUUGACCGAUAAAGACUUGUUAACGAAGAAUGUCUCCAAGCACACCUAUCUGGAUCAUUUGUUAGAACUUGUGAUGUGCCACAAGGUGACGGAAGCUUGCGAGUUGGCCUUUCGAUAUGACGACGCGAAUCUGGCACUGUUGCUGUCACAACUUUCUUCGGGGCCCACCGUGCGUCAACUUUUAGAAGACCAGUUGGCUGCUUGGCAUAAGGAUGAAGCUGAUAAAUUUAUACAAUUGGAGCGCUUAAAGCUAUAUAUGCUGGUCGCCGGAGUUGCGCUUAUGGACUCGGGGCAUGGUCCCAUCAAUACCUUAGAUGGCAUUGAAUGGACAAAAGUGCUAGCACUUCAACUAUGGUACCUUUCGUCGCCCACUGCAUCUAUUACCGAUGCGCUAUUAGCCUAUGAAAAAUCUUUUAAAUCCGAAGAAUUCUACUCUUUGCCACCAACACCCUGCUAUAUGGAUAAGACGUGUCUGAAUGAAAAGUAUGCGCUCUACGACUUGCGCUACCAUUUGCUGCAGUUGUUCUCCAAACGUAGUCAUCCGCUGGAGAGUUUGCUUAAUCCAGCAACUCAUACAGCUGAUCCGAUGGAUUAUCGCUUGAGUUGGCUUCUGCUUCAAACAUUGGAGGCAAUUGGAUACCGACACUGCUCAAUUUUAAGUGAAAGCCAAUUGCAUGUGGGCUUUGCAAGUCAGUUAGAAAAUUACGAUCUAUGGGAAUGGGCUACAUUCGUUCUUUUGCAUAUAAAAGACCGUAAUCAAAGAGAGUUGUCAGUGCAAAAUAUGCUCUAUCGUUAUGUUAGUGUUUCAAAAGAUGUUUCAUUGUCGGAGAAGGAAAAGUUUGUAAUAAAUAAUUUGGGAGUACCGGAGAAAUGGAUUGAUUAUGCGAAGGCAGUGAAGGCGGGCGCCAUUGGCAAUCAUCAUUUGCAAGCGAAAUACCUGUUAAAGGCAAAGCAGUGGGCAUUGGCACAUGAAGUUAUAUUCCAGCACAUUGCACCCGAUGCAAUCAUUAAUGAUAAUCUCGACUAUUUGCACAAAUUGCUGAGUCAGUUCGAGGGUGCCGAGGCCAACAAAACCAUAAAAGUACCGAAUUGGUCUAAUCAAGGACAAAUAUUCUUAGACUUUAUCGAUAUCAACGAAAAAUUCAAGAGCUUAAAGACACUCAAGACCGAGGCGGAUAUAGAAGCACGCUGGGAGAAUUUGAAGCCACAAUUGGCUGACUUAUGUUCCCGCAUUAAUUUGUUGCCCUGCCCCACGGCUAAACAUCGCCUGUGUCAAAGUGAAAUCGCGCAAAAUUUGGCUUGCCUAGUGCGCGGUGUAUUGCUCGUCUGUCCAGUGUUGAAUCCGUGUUUGAUCAUAAAAAUUGCACUGGAACGUCUGCCAUUGCCACAAGAAUUCGCGCAACAAGAGCUGCGGGCGCUGCUCGACACGCUGGUCGAUGACUUGGCCAAAGUGAACACGAGCGAAAAUAAUGAAAUAAUCAUGGCAAAAUGACAUUGAAUAUGCGUUGUAUUAAAGUAAAAAAAAAAAUAGUUAUUGUUUAUUUUAGGGAAAAACAGGAUUAGAAUGAAAGCAGUUUUGAGUUGUAAAUUUAAGAUAACUGCACUAAGGUGAUCUACAAAACUUAUUACUGGCAAAUAUUAAAGUCCAUUACUUCUAAGUCAGAGUAGAUUAUUAGUUCAUGUAAACUGAAUUAGCUUUUGGACAAUAUCUCUAAAUUCUAAGUUCUUUGUAUACUUGUCUGCACGAUAGUUCCACCUACCGGGCACUCCUAAUUACUUUGGUUUAGAUGUAAAUGACUUCUUUACUUGCAUGAAUAUGUUCUUGAAGGUGCCGUUUGAAUCUUAUAAAGUGAGAAUAAAAAUUGAGCCUCUGGUCUUUCAUCUUUAGUCAUUAACGUUAACGUUUAAUGUAAGAAUUCAUUUCGUUUAUUUUUUUAUUGAAAAAUGCAUAUUUCCGUAAAAAUCUGUUAUGGUCCACCGCAAUUCGUACAAUUUGUUUACUUUUGAAUAUAGUUUAGUGUAAAAUUUCAAUAUAACUAAUAAAAAUUAUAAUCACCGUUCA